AAGAAAAAGAAAAAGAAAAACAAGGCAUGAUCAUCCCGAGCAGACGGCAACGAGUUGGUGCUGCGGCCUUGGAGUUUCGUAUCGCGCUCACUUUGCUCUGUACAAUACAACACGUUGGAACAAAAUCAUCAAGCCCAUCAUACCAUCCGUCGAGAGAGAGAGAGAGACAGAAAUGGGGGAGGAGAUGGGUAAAGAAAAUGGAGAAGAUAAAGAAAGCCCUAAAAACAACAGCAACAGCAACAGUGAAAAUCCGAAGAAGAAGAAGGCAAAGUCAUGCAAGGGAUGUCUGUAUUACUCAUCCUCUUUCAAAUCCAAUGCUCGCAACCCUCUCUGCGUCGGCAUCACUCGUUCCCUCCCCCAAGCACCACACUACAUUGUUGGAGAAUCUGAGAUGGAAGCUUCUAGAGAUGGUAGAAGCUUUGCAGAUUUCAAAUAUGCUUGUGUUGGUUACUCUGUGUACUCAAAUGGAAAAGUUUCUUCAGCGGACGUGAAAGAGACACAAACAGAACUGCCAGUGUGUGUUGGACUUGAGGUUUUGGUAGACAGAAGAGUUAAUACUGCUGACCCUGUUCCGGCUCAUGUUCAUACCAAAGAAGAUACUCGUGGAUUUCCACAGCCUCGAACACAUAAACCUGCUCAUUCUGUAGGGGAUGAGUUCUUGGGCAGAUUUUCUAGAAAUGCGACCGUGGUUGCAAUGGGGGUGGCGAAGAACCUGCGUAGAGUAGGCAAUCAAAUGAAAGAGCGCCUUGACGACAUUUUAUAUCCAUACCGGAGGCGACCAAAGUAAGAUUGCUAAUCUCGCGGUAUGAGAGUACGGAGAAAAUAAGCAAGAGAAACAAGACCCGGCUUUGACCUAAUUAUGCAUUCCUUUAGACCACAAACACUCCUCCCUCUUCUC